CUACUCCAAGUGACGAUGGGGAAAAUCGGCUUCUCCCUGCUCCUCGCCCUGGCUCUGGUGACUGUUGGCACCUCUUCAGAGAGAAAGUGUGACCUGUCCGGACUGUGGCGGAAUGAGCUGCGCUCGCUGAUGGAAAUACAUGAAGUUAACGAUGCAGGAGAAUUCUCCGGCGACUACCUCACAGCGGUGACGGCCACCAGCAACUGUAUCCGCAGGUCGCCCCUGAAGGGAGCCCAGCAUGAUGCGAAACAGAGGGGCCAGCCGACCUUCGGCUUCACUGUGAACUGGGAGAAGUUCUCAAACUCGACAACCGUCUUCGUGGGCCAGUGCUUCGUGGAUGAUAAAGGGAAGGAAACUCUGAAGACCAUGUGGCUGCUGCGUGAGGAGGUUGGAUCCCCUGGAGAUGGCUGGAGAGCGACCAGGGUCGGCACAAACGUUUUCACCCGGAAACGAAAUGUAGAGCGGGGGAAAAUCCUUCAGCAGCACUCUCCACCCUGCGAUGCUCCAACUCCAACCCCAACAGCACAGUGAACACGCUCUCCAGCUCCGCGGUUCCUGUGCCCACCCGGUCUUGAAUUGUUCUGGCCUCUCUCGAGCGUCUCGCCCAGCAGAGUCGCCCGUCUCUGUCUCCAUCUCCCCCCCAGAAUCGCUGCCUCGCCCCCAACGCUGCAGUUUAGUUCAUUUCUCAGCAAUACUCUAGCGCGGGAGGCAAAUGAGUCUCUUGUGUUUUUAUCUCUCUUGGCUUUUUCAGUCGUGACGCCCACCUGCCCCUCUCUGACUUCCCUGGAUGGUUCCGAAAUCUCUCCCAUUAGCUGGGGCCUUUCUGGGACACUCCUGGCAGCUUUAUUGCCCUGGGUUCACUCCUUUCCUCACUCUCCAUCAGUCUAUGGUAGAGAUUGCACCAACCUUACUGAAGUCCCAAGGAAAUGGUGCUCCCCUUCUAAAUGGCCUUUACGUUCGCUCAGGACUAUCCACUCUCAGUGCUCCCAGCUCAAAGGUUCAUUUCUCUUAGAAAGUUUCAGCCCUUCGUGAGUUCUGGACUCUAGGUACCAAAUAAACUUUGUUCCAACGGAAAAAUAUUGUGCCAUUCUGUGUUAUUAUUAUUUGAAAAUAGUUCUUAGUUCACCAUCUGCAGCAGGCUACUUAAAACUGCAUAGUGACCUGGGACAAGGAGAGUGAUGGGGAACUACUUAAUGUAGAGGGGUCAUACGGCAUUGGUGGAGCAUGCUGGGUUGCGAAUAUAUUUCCCCAUCUCUCUCUUUCUCAGCAGUUCAAUCCCCCCUCUCAACUGCCCAUCAUGCUGACUGAAAUGGUCUCGUCGUUUCCUUGUACUCUCCUGUUGGUUUGUCUGUAUCAUAGAAUCAUAGAAAUGUAGAAAUGAAAGGGACCUUGAUAGAUCAUCUAGUCCAAUCCCUGCACUGAGGCAGGACUAAAUAUUAUCGAGACCAUCCCUGACAGGUGUCUGUCUGAACUGUUCUAAAAACCUCCAAUGACAGAAAUUCCACAGCUUCCCAAGGUAACUUGUUCCAGUGCUUAACCACCACAGAAGGGCGGUCACCCAUCAAGGUGGCCAUCUGCAGGUAGGUCAUCCCCGGGGUCUUCUGCACACCCUGGACACUUUUCCUGUAUACCUCGGGGGUCAAUUCAAACUUGCGCAGCAGGGUUUGUUUGAACAGUUCAUAGUCCCCAGGUUCCACCCCAUCCAUCUGGCUGAACAUCCCUAUGGCCUUGGGACACAGUAAGGGGGUGAGAUCCUGGAGCCUGUCUGUAGGGUCAACCUGGUGCGCAUUGCAGGCCUUCUCAAAAGCAGUGAGGAAGGUGUCUACAUCAACCCCUUCCUUAAACUGAGACACCACUUUGAUAUCGGAGUUCCCUGCGGGCUUAGCCACCCUUGGCCCAUCCCCACUCACCCCAGCAGGGAUCUCUCUGCCUCUCAGCUCUGCCGUCACCAGUUCAUGCCGUCUCUGCUCUUCCUCGUGCUUUCACUCUCUCUCACGGUCCUGCCGUUACUUCUCACAGUCCUCC